GUCGAUAGAUUUGAUACUCGUGUUCCUAACCUCUAACUUGUAUUAACCUGUUAAUUACUGUACUAAACAAAAAAGUCGUAUAAUUCAUACAAGAUGAUUGAAGAAGGGAUUGAGGUUGAUUGUGUGUUACGACCAAUGAACUGUGAAAUUAAUUUGCUGUCAAGAUCUGACGGUUCGGCAAUGUUUAUGCAAGGCGAAACCACAAUUAUCGCGGGUGUAAACGGACCUAUGGAAGCAAAAACCCAGAAAAUGUUAUAUGACAGACUUUCUAUAGAAGUUACAUACACACCUCUCAAGGGACCAGCUAAGGUGGACGAUAGAUUGAUUGAAGCAUACAUACGAGAGACUUGUGAAUCUGCUAUAAUGAUUGCACUCUAUCCUGGUACUACCGUAAGCAUCAAUUUGCAAGAAAUGCAAGAACGCGGAGGGCUAUUAGCUUGUGCGAUUAAUGCAUCGUGCCUGGCAUUAAUGAAUGCAGGACUUCCUAUGAAGUUUGUUAUAGCAGCUGUAAGUUGCAUGAUUGAGAAGGAAACAGAAAAAACUAUCGUUGACCCUGACAACAUACAGUUACAGAACGCAAAGUCGGCGUUUACAUUUGCGUUUGAUAGUAUCAAAAAGGAUGUCGUUUGCUGCCAUACCGUCGGUAGAUUCUCGCAAAGCGAGUUCUUAGCCUCCAUGGAUAAGUGCAGACAGGUUAGCCAGUACGUGUUUGACUAUUACAGAGAUGUCACAAAAAAAUAUGCACAUGCAAUAUAACCUUCGUUAUCUCAACAUUAUAUUUUUUAUAUCAUCAGCAAAAUGUUAUAAUUAAUUC